AUGAAAGAUCUUGGACAUCUCAGCUAUUUCCUGGGUCUUGAAAUUACUCAUUCCAUAGAUGGUCUUUAUAUUACUCAAGCCAAGUAUGCUUCUGAUCUGCUGUCUCAAGUCGGACUCACUGACAGUAAGAAUGUUGACACUCCAGUCGAACUUAAUGCGCAUCUGACACCCUCCGGGGGGAAACCAUUGUCAAAACCUUCUCUUUACAGACAAUUGGUUGGCAACUUAGUUUAUCUCACAGUUACUCGUCCAGACAUCUCCUAUGUUGUUCAUCAGGUGAGCCAGUAUUUGUCUACUCCACGAUCAACUCACUAUGCUGCUGUUCUGCGCAUUCUUCAAUACCUGAAGGGUACCAUUUUUCAUGGCCUUUUCUACUCAGCUCAAUCUCCUCUUGUACUCCGUGCAUUCUCUGAUGCUGAUUGGGUAGGAGAUCCUACUGAUCGCAGGUCCACUACAGGCUUUGUGAAAGCUGGAAUCGUCAAUCCAAGCUUUCACUUCUGA